CGUAUUCCGUCUGAAAAUUCGUGCGGCCCACGAAACAGAUCGGCACCUUCCUUCCCUUCCAUCUCUCUCUCUCUCUCUCUCUCUCUCUCCUCUACCAGGGCAGGCAGCAACAAAGCUGAAAGCAGCCAUUCGUUCAGCCGCACCGCCACUCUCUCUCUCUCUCUGCGUGGGGACUGAAGAGUUGAAUUUUCAAUCUCGGCCGCAUAUUUAAAAGGAGAGGAAGCUUACAAACAACAGAAAAUGCGGAGAUCAGUAAUUGGAGGUGCCAAACGCAGUAGUCUCUUCCUUCUCAAUCAAGCUCAUCGCUCCCUCCUCUCACCAAGUCCUCCUCCUCUGCACCACCAUCUUGGUUCUUCUCCUUCCUCCUCCGCCACCGCCCUCCUCCUCCUUCUCCGGCGCCUCUCCUCCUCCUCCGCUUCUUCUCCCCCUCCUCCCAACAUGUCGAACCCCGUUACCGUCCAAUCCAUAAACCCCAAGGUUUUGCAAUGCGAAUAUGCUGUUCGUGGAGAGAUUGUCAACCUUGCUCAGCGCCUGCAAGAAGAGUUAAAGGCUAACCCUGGUUCUCUUCCUUUUGAUGAGAUUCUCUAUUGCAACAUCGGAAACCCUCAGUCUCUUGGUCAGCUCCCCAUAACUUUCUUCCGAGAGGUUCUUGCGCUCUGUGACCAUCCUACGAUUUUGGACAAAGCUGAAACACAGGGCCUGUUCAGUGCUGACUCCAUAGAGCGAGCGUGGCAGAUUCUUGACCAAAUUCCCGGGAGAGCAACCGGUGCAUAUAGUCAUAGUCAGGGCAUCAAAGGAUUACGUGAUACGAUUGCUGCUGGUAUUGAAGCUCGUGAUGGCUUUCCUGCUAAUCCAAAUGAUAUAUUUCUCACAGAUGGUGCAAGUCCAGCUGUACACAUGAUGAUGCAAUUACUGAUAAGCUCCGAAAAAGAUGGAAUUCUGUGUCCCAUACCUCAGUACCCUUUGUACUCUGCAUCCAUUGCUCUCCAUGGUGGUAGUCUGAUUCCUUACUAUCUUGACGAAGAAACUGGCUGGGGCUUGGAAGUUUCUGAACUCAAGAAGCAAUUAGAGGAGGCUAGGUCAAAGGGGAUCAGUGUUAGGGCUCUGGUUGUUAUAAAUCCAGGCAACCCAACUGGACAGGUUCUUGCAGAGGAAAACCAGCGGGAUAUUGUGGAGUUCUGCAAGAAAGAGGGUCUUGUUCUUUUAGCAGAUGAGGUUUAUCAGGAAAAUAUCUAUGUUCCUGAGAAGAAAUUUCACUCGUUUAAGAAGGUUGCCCGAUCUAUGGGCUAUGGUGAUAAUGAUUUGUGUCUAGUAUCUUUCCAGUCUGUUUCGAAAGGGUACCAUGGUGAGUGUGGAAAGAGAGGAGGUUACAUGGAGAUCACAGGUUUUAGUCCUGAAGUCAGAGAGCAGAUAUACAAAGUGGCGUCUGUGAAUCUCUGCUCUAAUAUUUCUGGCCAAAUCCUUGCAAGUCUUGUCAUGAGCCCGCCCAAGGUUGGAGAUGAAUCUUAUGAAUCAUAUUCUGCCGAGAAAGACGGGAUUCUUGAAUCUCUGGCGAGGCGUGCCAAGACACUGGAAGAUGCAUUCAACAGUUUAGAGGGCAUAACAUGCAACAAAGCAGAGGGAGCAAUGUAUCUUUUCCCCCGGAUCAGGCUGCCUGAAAAGGCAAUCAAAGCUGCAGAAGCUGCAAAGACUGCCCCUGAUCUAUUUUAUUGCCGUCAUCUCCUAAAUGCUACUGGAGUGGUUGUGGUCCCUGGUUCCGGCUUUGGCCAGGUAAGAACUUGUUUUAAAAUGUUGUCAUAGCAGAAAAAAUAAGAUUGUACGUGUGGGAAAAGUCAUGGUAGUGCUAUAUCUAUUUGUGCCAAUAGUUUGCCAAUCCAUACUACCCUAGUCCUAGUUAUAUAUAAAACAAUAGCAGUAUGCUGACUUGUAAUAAUGCCCUCCUAUAUUGUCAAGAAUCUAGUCCUAGUUAAGGAUUUUACUGUUGGACGUUGGAUUUCUUUAGCGUAGAUGCUUGAUCACUGGAUAGGAUUUGAGGGUAUAUUUAUUGAUCACUUUGCUCUGUUCUGAUGAUGAAUUGGUUUUCUAGUUGUUGGUAGUCAUUGUGGCCAGGUCCUUCGAUGAGAAAGCAGUCAUUAACCAUGAUAUCAUGUUUUUGCGAUCAUAAUUUCUGGCGAAUAACAGUUACACCUGUCACUGAGUCUUUUCUUCCUUGGUUUGUAGGUUCCUGGAACGUGGCACUUUAGGUGUACCAUUUUGCCGCAGGAGGACAAGAUUCCGGCCAUUGUCUCACGGCUGACAGACUUCCACAAGAGCUUCAUGGAUGAGUACCGUGAUUAGAAAGAGCGUUGUUGUACUAUCAUCAGGGCUUCAGUUGGAAGUAGCUAAUAAUAAAGAUUGUACUCGUUUCAUUUUUCUGCUGCAAGUUUUUUCAGAGUUGAGAGACUAAAUAAGUGGCACUUGCCUUCACUUGGAGGGUUUGAUUGAUCAAUAGAUACUAUUGCCUCCAGGUUAUAUAUUGCGGCCAAUGAUGGGUUUGAAAACGAACGGGUAGCUUUGAGUUUGCUCUCUUUGUGCAUCUGCCGUUAAAAUGAAACACGAAUGAUGACCUUUCCGGCCAGCCCUACGGCUUAACUGAUAAUGGC